GGCACAUGUGGCCUCCAUUCUCGCGAAGUCAUUGGGAAGUGCGAUAAUUUCUCUGGAGAUAGCUUCAGGACCAGAAAAGAAGUCGAAGGGAGUUCGUCCAGUGCUUCUCUCCUGCCUUUUGGGAGAAGCUCCGCGACAGAAGUUGUAGUUCUGGCUCGGAUCCUGGGUUUGCCCAAAGGCUGCUGCUUUUUUCUGCCAGCCAUUGUGACCGUCGGUGAUGGACUGAAACGCGUCGCUUGGUUUUCACUCUAACAAUUUUGCAAUGUAUCUCUUCCCUUUUCACUGAAGACACUUGCAGCAAGAUUCCUGUAAUCGACGCCGGGCGAGAAUCAGAGCCAAGAUGACUUCAGCCGAUUUGCACACCGCGUUAUUGCGCCCAGCAGUCAUUCAGAUCCUGAGAGCAGCUGGUUUUGGGUACGCUCGACCAGCCGUCAUCGACACAGUCACCGAUCUCGCCGCAAAGUAUCUGUUAUUAUUGGCUUCUUCGACCGCUCAGAACGCCUUCAACACGCAUAACACGUUUGUCCCGACGAUCCAAGAUGUGAGACUCGCCCUCAAUCAAGCAGGCGCGCUUGCUCCGCAGAUGAGCACGACUGAGGAGUCUCUGAGGGACGAGGUUGAAGUCGAGGGCGCGCUGGUUCCUUUCGAGGAUCUGCGAGGAGUUCAAGGAUUUGUAAAUUGGGCUCAAGGACCAGUCAACAAGGAAAUCAGGAGGAUCGCGGGUUUUGGUGACGAUGCAAACGUCGAGGAAAUCGCAGCUGGACUUGAUGAAAAGGAAGAUUAUCUGACCGCGCUGAAAAAGAAGCACAGCAAGACUGGCGAAGAAUCACGAUAUCAAGGCACGGUGCUUGGUAAAGAACUUGAAUUGCAGGCUGUCACCAUCGUCGGAGGACCAGCUGCAUCGAUUACUGAGUGGACACAAAAUUCGUUGUCGCGCCCACAAAUUUCAAGCCCGCACGAUGAAGAUGCUGCUGCCACACCUGCAACCUCAGGCAUCAGCAGUGCACCACCGUCACCCAUUGAUCCUGAGGUAUCAGAAUCAUUCAUGUGAGAUUUGGCAUCAUCGCAGCCUCAUCACCGCCUUUUCAGAAUAGCUAGUCCGACUUAUCACAAUGAGAGUUCUGGACCAGCCACUGAUCACACAAAGGCGAUAAGUGCGGCAAAAUUCUCUGUCUGCACACUUUUGAGCUGAAAGAUAUCCGCAACCGCGAUUGAGGGGGUCAAGGUCCCAGGUGUCUUUAUGCUCUUGGUGUAACUCACCAUACGGUGAAUAUGUACCUAGAUCACGGUAUUCAACCCUGAAAAAGAACACUCCGUUGCGACGAUCGGCCACUGCAGGCAGGAUGGGCACCACCACACUCCAGCAAUCACCAAAAAAUACGAGACACAAUCAAAGUCCCCAAACCUCGGAAGCAGGAAACAAGAUGUACAAAGUCAUGGGUCUUGAGUCCCAAAAACGGCACAAUCCCCAGAACUCAUUUUGCGCUACAGCACAUGGGAAAGGACGAAUGAAUCGUCAGAAGGUCUACGAUCCAACCAUGAUACACCCGAACAACAACUUGGUGCGAAAAAUGGUCCAUUAUAUUAGUCGAUCUCUCUGAGAAAGGAAAAGAAUAGUCCUUAGGGAGAAGCCUCCUCUUGGCAACAUUGAAAACCCUCUAUCACGCUCCGCAGUCGUCUUCAUCAUCUCAAGCGAGUAGUCAUCAUCUCCAGCAUCAGCAGCCUUCCAGCUCAAAUCAGGAAGCGCACUCGAUCGAUCUGGGACCUCACCUAGACAAGCAGACAUGGGUCAUUAGCAAUCGCCGUCCUCAAGACACUCAGCUAUCUAGGAAGGUAGACUCACCCAACCAGUCCUCUCGCCUCGCACCCUAUUUUCCUGCCCGCCAGCAAGGCCAUACUGAUCGCUCGUGCGCGCCUUCCUCUCCUUCUUUUCAGGACGGCGCUUACGAGACCUCGGUUCAACGCGACGAGUUUGACCCAUGGGCUGCCCGGUCGUCAAAGUACCAUUGCCACUGCCACUGCCAUUGUCACCUGUGCCCGAGACGAAAGAUGUCGUGAACGUCGUUUGACCCAUUGAAGUCAUGCUCCAAGCCGUGCUGUCAGUUGUCGUUGAUCUUGCUAGCCAGGGGGCAUCGCUACUUGCGCAGAAAGCCACGGUGGCAUUGGUGUUGCAGAUCGUUGAGGCAUUGGGGUUCAUGCUUGUUGGACCGACUUCGCUGGACAAAGUGCUUGAAGCAUUGACUGUAGUGGCAGCCGGCAUUGUGAAGCUGGAAGCGGCGUCGGAAGAGGUGCUGUUUGCAGACGGGCCUGUCAUGGUAGGGCCGACGGGAGAAGAGUCAGUGCUCGAGGUGUUCAAGCCUGUAGCUGCGGCCUGCAGAGAAGCAUUGUAUUGGGAGAGCAUGCUCGUCAUUCCAGUCAUAUUCCAGUCGAGCCAGGCUGAAGGCGCUGGUGUCUGCGUGCCGGAGAUGCCGGUGCCUGUGCCUGUGCCGUUCGACCAGAAGAACGACGAAGAGGCGGUGGUGGCGUUGAGAGACGACGACGUGUUUGAAGAAGACCCUGUACCACUGGGACUCGCUCCCGUUGUCAGUGCCCCCGAGGCUUCAGAGGUCGAGCUCGAAUUCCAUGAGGUGGAAGUGCUAGAAGAAUUCCCCUGAAUGGCAGAGCUUGAUUCAGACUGCGAGGCGGCUGAUGUCGUGCUCCCAUUGACGGGUCCCACGUCUUGAGUACUUGAGGAACUCAGGCUUGUGCUGGUCUGUGAGACUGUCGGCCCCUGGACUGCGGUCGUGUUCGCGCCAACCACAAUCGUCAUGGUCAGGGUCCUUGUUGCUGACGAUGAUGAAGAGCUUGCCUCGUUGCUCGAGGACGUCGCCUCGCUCGCGGACGCCGAGGACGACGCUGAAGGCGGGCCAAACAGUGUCGCGGUGAACGUGACUGAUUCUGGGGAUGGGGUGAAGCCAAAGGUGAAGAUGGUCAACACACCAUUACUGCUUUGAGACGAUGAUGUGCUCGGCGCCACCGACGAAGUGUUGCUCCAGAGAGGCGUCUCACUGCUUGUAUCCGAAGUGGAUGCUGAACCGGACCCGAAGCAGCUUGAGCCUGAGAGGUACCGACAUGACGAGUUAUAGGAACUCGAUGAUGAAGCACUCUGGGUGGCAUUGGCAAUCACAGUCUGGGUAACGUUCAUGGUCAUGGUAAUCUCUGUUGUUGAGCUGAUGGAACUCGUUGCAUUGGUCGUAUUGGACUGGGCGGUGCUAGUCCCGGUGGCGUUCCAUAAAGAUGUAUCUGACGAGGCACUGGAUGUCGAGUUACUGUAGUCUGAGCUUGUUGUAGACGUUGCUUUUUGAUAGGCACUUGUUGACGACGAGGUAACAAACGAAGAG